UGUGAAUGGCCUGGCGUCUUCUGGGACCUGUCAUGUGCAUGCGCAGUGAGCACCUGACUGUCCACAGUCUCCUUGUCAUCCCUUGUACUGUAUGCAGUCUUUGGUCAUCUCCUGUACUGUCGGCAGUCUCUGGUCAUCUCCUGUACUGUCUGCAGUCUCUUGUCAUCUCCUGUACUGUCUCCAGUCUCUGGUCAUCCCCUGUGCUGUGUCCGCAGUCUCUGGUCAUCCCCUGUACUGUGUCCGCAGUCUAGGGUCAUCUUCUGUACUGUGUCCGCAGUCUCUGGUCAUCCCCUUUACUGUGUCCGCAGUCUCUGGUCAUCUCCUGUACUGUGUCCACAAUCUCUGGUCAUCCCCUGUAAUGUGUCAGCAGUCUCUGGUCAUCUCCUGUACUGUGUCCGCAGUCUCUGGUCAUCUCCUGUACUAUGUCUGCAGUCUCUGGUCAUCUCCUGUACUGUGUUCGCAGUCUCUGGUCAUCUCCUGUACUGUGUCUGCAGUCCAUUGGUUCAGAAUAUUUUUUUCUUGUUUUUCUUCUCUA